AAUAAUUUAAAUAAAAUUAUACUCUUUUGAACAUGUACAAUUACUUAAAAUAAUUUGGAGUACAAAGAUAUUUUCAUUUUUUUUAAAAUAAAAAUUAAAUAAUACCGUAUAAAUUACUGAAUAAUCUUUAAAAAUAUUAGUAAACUACAUUUGAAUUUAAAUCAUACAAAUAUCUAUUUGUUUUAAAAGUAGACAAAAAAAAAAGUAUAAAUAGACAUCUAGGUCAAAGGAAAAGAACAUAAACACUCUCUAACACUUGAUUAUUAUGUGCUUUCGGCAAAGUCAAAGAUGAACGAAGAAAGAGUUCAGAUAAUCGGGAACGACAUGAUCAUAGAUUCCUCUCUUUGGCAUGCCUGUGCCGGAAGACUAGUUCAUGUUCCUCCGGUCAACUCUACGGUAUCUUACUUCCCUCAAGGUCACUUCGAACACGCCGGAAUGGAAAACACCGAUGACGCCAUAGCCACGGCGAGUAGAAUUCCAUGGAGGAUUCAAUGCCGAGUCACGUCCGUGGAGUUAAAGAUGGAUUCAAGAACUGAAGAGGUUUACACCAAGAUUCAUCUCAACCCAAUAGUGACCAAUAAUAAUUCUACUGAUGAUGAUAAAGACUACGCUUUGAGCGAGAGUUUGAAUUUAUUUGGGAGAUCCCAAUUUCUUACCAAAGUCCUUACUCAAUCGGACGCGAACAAUGGCGGGGGUUUCUCUGUACCGAAAAAACUAGCGGAGACAAUAUUCCCACCAUUAAAUUACAAAAUUACUAAACCUGGUAUUGAAAAUCUUCCGUCUCAGGAUAUUCUGGCGAGGGAUUACAGAGGCAAUAUUUGGAAAUUCAGGCAUGUUUAUAGGGGGAAUCCUCUGCGGCACUUGUUGACAACUGGAUGGAGUAAAUUUGUUACAGCCAAGCAAGUGGUUUCUGGAGACACGAUCGUGUUCGGGAGGGAUGACAAUGGAGAUGUCUAUGUUGGAAUAAGGCGUGUUAGGAGGGCAAGGUGGCAAGGAAGAAUUAGGGCUGAAAGUGUUCUAGAAGCUGCAAGACUUGCUGCCAUUGGGAGAGGUUUUGAAGUUAGGUAUUACCCGAGUAGUAGCACAACAGAGUUUUGUGUUGUGGAUUCGGUGGUUAAUGCAACGAAGAGGAAGAUGGUGAAUGAGUUUGGGGCUGGGACAAGGAUCAAGAUGGCUUUCGAGACUUUAAAUUCGACUGGAGUGGAACCAGUGGGCUGGUACAAGGGUUCUAUUGAGUCUGUUGAAGAUGUUGACCCGAAUCACUGGCCUGGUUCUUUAUGGCGCCGUCUUAAGGUGAGGUGGGAUGUUGAUGCUGUAAAUUUAAGGAAGCAAAUUAAUCCUUGGUUGGUCCAAGUGGUGAGCACACGUGUCAUUCAAACCUAUGACCGCAAACGUGGAGGCGAGCAAUUGGAGGAAUCCAAUCACGUUGUAAAGAAGCAGACAGUCUAUCUAUUUGGUGCACCCAUUGGAGAAUCCAAGAGGAGAUCAGGAUAAUUGCCUCUCUAAUUAAUCACACUUUAAUGAAAAUGAAUCUCCUCAAAUUGAGUACAAUUAAGAUUUUUCAUUUUAGUUUGGUUUUUUUUUUAAUGUUUAUUUAAUAAUAAAUAUUCAUUUUAGUUAUAUUACCCUUUUUUUUUCUUUAUAAUUAAUUAACAUUAACUAAUUUAUAAUUAAAAGCAAGAGAAUUGUUAAAGAGUAUUAUUGGUGUCUAGCACCUUCCUUAGUGUCAUACUGCUAUUGGUGUAAUUAAAUAGUGGGUCUCAUACAAUUUAAGAAAAUAAAUUUUAAAAAAUAUCGCUAACAAUUUAUAGAAUGACACUUAUAAAAAAUAUUGUACAUCACUAGUACCCAAUAACAAUACUCUUGUAAAAUAAUGUAGUUUGUAGACAAAUUUUGUAACUAAAAUGUUCAAACAAAACAUGAUAUAAUAAUAGCAAGUUUAAAGUGGAGCAUGCCUCAUACAAAAUACUUAAAUAUAUAAUAUAAUAUAAAUUAUAAUAUGAUGAUUACGUACAGUUAUUAAUUAUUGAUUAAACAUUACUGAAUUAAUAUUAAAGAAUAAGCUUGUUAAGUUAAUUUGAAUAUAGAUAUAUAAUCAUAGAGAGGAAUUCAUUGGUUUGACUCCAACAACCAAAAUCUCAUAAUAGAAAGAUAACACUAAAACAAUAUAGCAAAAUAAUUCUAUUGAAGUGCAAACUUAUUAAAGUUGCAUGAAAGAUAUCUAAUUAAAAAAUUUGAAGACAGCUGUCUGAGUAUGUGAUCAUAUAAAAAUUACGAUGAAACAAGAAAAAAUCAAUAGCAAAUAAAGAUGAAUAUAUUCCAAAUAUAGUAAUUAAUAACUACUAGUACUAUUCAUCUUAUUUUAUCAUAAGUAAAACACUUACCGUACGUACGACAAGAUUUAAUUACAAAUUUGAUUUUUUUCCCCAUAAAGGUGAAGCAUUUUUGUGUUGCAUUAAACAUGUUUCGGACAUAUUCUCUCCUAUAAAUGAUUAAUAAUACUAUAGUUUACUUUAAUAUCACUGUAACUUUCUUUUUUUUUAUUUAAGCGUUUAUAUAUUACAAUCAUAUUUUACUUAGGACUCGAAUCUAGGACCUUUAAAACACAAACACCCACCUGCCACUUGAGCUAGCCUCAAGUGGUCAUUGUAACUUUCCUUUUUAUUAAUGUUAUUUGUUUUUAAUGAAUAGUUAAACAACAACCAUAUGUAUAUAUACUGUACUACAAACAAAAAAAAACCCUAGGAUGCAUGCUCUCUGGUUUCCCUCCGGUACCCAAACUGGGUUUUUGGUCCACCCAAAUUGGUUUUGUGGUGGUAUUUGGUACCUCUUUUGGG